UAUAUAAGUCUACAUUUCAUGAAUACGAGUAUUUGUGCAAUGAAAAAGACAUUGUAAUGUGAUAACAAAAAGUUUUAUGGAACAAUCAAUAAGAAAUAAUCCCCUUCUUUGUUUACGGAUGCUACAUGAUUUUUUUUACAUGUUACGUAUAAAUGUGAUAUUUUUUUGCCAAUACGUAUUCUAUAAUCCGUAUUUCUAACCUUCUUAAUGUUUGUGAGUUUGUUAAAACUAUCAACCAAUCAAACUUGCAUUUCUUUCAAAGGACUUUUUAUCAGCUAUAAAUAUAUACGAUUCGUCACGAACAUUAUGUUUAAUUUAAUUAUCAUAUUAUUUAACAGAAAAUAAUUAAAUACAAUAAAUAAUAAAUUGAUUUAUGUUAUAAUUUUAACCAUGGUUUCAUUAACAAAUAAGGAGAAUAAAAAAUCACAUGUAUUAAUACCGGUUCUUCUUAGCGUUUGUGCAAUUCCAAUUUCUAUGCUAUUUUGGCUGAUAAAUGUAAUUUAUUCAGUUUUUUAUUCGGAUACUAAAAAUCAUUUAGAAGAAUAUCUGGUUAUUUCCCCAUGGAGAUGGUUAAUUGCAGUCUUGUUUCCAAUUUUUAUGGCAUUUUGGAGUUGGAAAAGAAAGAGCUUGAACAUUAGUGGUGCUAUUUCAGGAUUAUUUGUGGGCUUCAUUCUGACACUUACUAGUUUUGCCCAUGUAGCUUGUCUCUUUUCAUUUUUUGUUACCUCUACUAAAGCAACAAAGUUUCGCUCCCAUGAAAAAAAGAAGCUUGAAGCACAUUUUGAAGAAAACUCACAAAGAAGUUGGGUUCAUGUAUUAUGCAAUGGUGGCAUGGCAACACAAUUGGCACUUUUAUAUUUAUUAGAUGUAGGAUGUCAGGAACGACCAAUUGAUUUUGAUAAAUAUUAUAGAAGUUCUUGGUUGUCAAUAGGAAUUUUAGGAGCCAUAGCAUGUUCUAAUGGAGACACUUGGGCUUCAGAAAUUGGAUCAGUUAUUGCUAAUAAAGAUCCAUUUCUUAUUACUACUUUUAAAAGAGUUCCAAGAGGUACAAAUGGUGGUAUUUCCUGGGCAGGUCUGUUUAUGUCUUUUCUUGGUGGUAUAAUAGUAGGUUUAUCUUAUUAUUUAACAGUAUUGAUAACUGUUGAUACAGUUGUGCUACAAUUAGCAACAUCACAGUGGCCUGUUAUUAUUAUUGGAGGAAUUGGAGGUUUUAUUGGUAGUGUAAUAGAUUCUGUUUUAGGAGCUACAUUACAAUAUUCUGGAAUAAAUGAAAAAGGAUUUAUAGUAGAACAUCCUGGAAAAGGUGUGAAACAUAUUAGUGGUAGACAAAUUUUGGACAACCAUAGUGUGAAUCUUUUUUCUACAGUCAUUAUUGGACUUUCAUUACCUGGAAUAGCAAAAUUAAUCUUAUAAUAGAUACUUAACUAAAUUAUAUAUAAAUCAUAUAUAUAUGAUAAUGAUAUUGUUAAAUAUCAGGGUACUUUUUUAUUUAA